AUGGCGCCCUUGUCUUUGCCUCUGUCUCUUCUGAAGCACACGGACAAGAUGUUGAGUAACGUGUUGCUACGGAGUCUACAGCACCGGACGUUCUCAUGGAAACAGAAUGUCGGUGCGGUUGCCCCGGGAGUCGGUCAACUGCUGUUGUCACACCAACCAGGAGCUCCAAACUACGCAGCAUCUGUGCGUCGCAGCUGCUCGUCAGGCGGUCAGGAGAUCACAGAGAGGCUGUGGUCUGUCUACAAUGAGACCAAGAAGCAGACUGAAGACUUGAUCUCAACCAUUUCCACCAGCUCAGUCAACCCUGACACCAUCUUUGCCAACAACGAGAUGAGCCUACGAGACACGGAGGUCUACGGCUUUGACUAUGACUACACCCUGGCGUUCUACUCCAGGAACCUCCACACCCUCAUCUUCAACAUAGCCCGGGACAUUCUCAUCACUAACCACAGGUAUCCAGAGGGUCUGCGAAAUUAUGAGUAUAUUCCUAAUUUUGCUGUCAGAGGACUUCACUAUGAUGUUCAGAAGGCGCUGCUGAUGAAGAUAGAUGCUUUUCACUACAUCCAGUUGGGAACUGUAUACAGGGGUCUUCAUCCAGUCCCCGAUGAGGAAGUAAUUGCCAUGUAUGAUGGUUGUCACGUACCUCUAGAGAACAUGAGCGACUUCUAUGGCAAGAGUUCCCAUGGCCACACCAUGAAACAGUUCAUGGACAUAUUCUCCCUGCCUGAGAUGACCCUCCUGUCCUGCGUCAACGACUUCUUCAUGAGGCACAACAUCGACUACGAGCCAGUGCAUCUUUACAAAGACGUAAAGGAAGCCAUUAGAGACGUCCACGUCAAGGGCAUUAUGUACCGAGCCGUGGAGGCAGAUAUUGGGAAAUACAUUUGCUACGGCGAGCAAAGCCACGCUGUGCUCAAGAAGCUGUCAGAGCACGGAAAAAAGAUGUUCCUCAUUACCAACAGCCCAUUUGACUUUGUGGACCGAGGAAUGAACUACAUCGUAGGGAAGGACUGGCAGGACCUGUUUGAUAUUGUGAUCGUUCAGGCUGACAAACCUGGUUUCUUCAACGACAGGAGAAAACCUUUCAGGCGAGUCACAGACAAAGGUGCAUUGCUGUGGGACAGGAUUCACAAGUUGGAAAAAGGAAAGAUCUACAAACAGGGAAACCUUUAUGAGUUCCUGAGACUCACCGGCUGGAGAGGAUCCAAAGUGCUCUACUUCGGGGAUCACAUCUACAGUGACUUGGCAGAUCUGACUCUGAAACAUGGCUGGAGGACCGGCGCCAUCAUCCCUGAGCUCAGGAAGGAGAUCAAGAUCAUGAACACGGAGCAGUACAUGCAUUUGAUGGCCUGGUUACAGGCACUGACUGGACUCAUCGAACAGAUGCAGGUACACAGGGAUCCAGCCUCUCAAGUGGUCGUCGACGAGUGGAUCAGAGAGAGAGAAGGCAUGAGGUCCCAGACGAAGGACAUCUUCAACGCUCAGUUUGGGAGUCUCUUCCGGACGUACCACAACCCCACCUACUUCUCACGCCGACUCUCACGUUUUGCUGACAUCUACAUGGCCUCCAUCAGCUGCCUGCUCAACUACGACUUCCAGCACACCUUCUUCCCUCGCCGUACUCCCCUGCAGCACGAGUCCCCCUUCUGCCCCGAAUACAGAGACUCCUCACAACUCAGUAGGCCAGAAGCAGACUCCGAUUAGAAAGAGAAUAAUGACUGGGACUGGAUGAUCUCCAUUGCUGACCUAAUUAUUUGUUUUUAGAUAUGGCAUUUUAGAAGAUGCAUGCCACAUUUUAAAGGAACAGUGUGUAACAUUUCGGGGGAUCUAUUAGCAGAAAUGGAAUAUAAUAUUCAUAAUUAUGUUGUCAUAAGUGUAUAA